AUGGAGAUGCUGAGCCAGCUGAAACAGGACGCGCACGUGGGAGACCUCAGGGGGGCGGGGGGCGGUGACCUCCGCCACCGCAGAUACUUAAACCCACUUGCCCCACCAAACACAGACCUGGCCGAGUUCCAGAAACGCCAGAGUCGGGGCCACCUCAGGGAGAACCUGAAGCUCCUGACGGAGGCGCGAAGCCCCGUGGCCGAGACUGUCACCCAGCAGAUCCUGCGGCAGAACCGUGGUCGCAAGGCUUGUGACCGGCCGGUGGUCAAAGCGAAGAAGAAGAAGGCGGAGGGCAUGGUGUUCACGGAGGAGGACUUCCAGAGGUUCCAGCAGGAGUAUUUCGGCAGCUGAGACCCAGCCCGGAGGGGGCAGCCUGGCACAGACACCCCGCACCUGCCCUGCUGCUGACCGUGGGCGUGGGCCCCGAGGCCCCCCCAGCCUGAUGACGAGGGUGUACCCGGGGCCUA